GAAUUGGGCGAUGUCCCCCGCAGCCAACCGCCAGCCGAGCUAAGGACCGACGUCAGCCCCGAGCUGCAGAGCUGCAGCAGCUCCGGUUUUCUUCUGCAAAGAGCUGGGGGAAGCUUCAGAUCCGAGAGGCGGCCAGAAGAAUAAUAGCCGGGCUGCGGACACAAUGCUCGCAGCCUGAGCCUCAGGCCCCUUUGCCACAGCCCUGAGAUUUAAAUCGACGCUUAUGUACAUACUCCAGAGGACAAUGAGGGAAACUAUGCCCCAGACACCAAUAUUCUCCAGUAUGCUCGGUUCCAGUUGUAGCGGUCAAGUGCAGCCGGACAUGGGUGAGCGGAGUGGAGGAGACCUCGUUUUCCAGGACGGGAAUCUGAUCUCCGGAUCUCUGGAAGCUCUGAUUGAACAUCUUGUUCCCACCAUGGAUUAUUACCCGGAUAGGACAUACAUCUUCACUUUCCUCCUGAGCUCUCGUGUCUUCAUCCCUCCUUAUGAUCUUCUGGCCAAAGUGGGGCAAAUCUGCCUCAAACAGAAGCAGCAGCUGGAGGCAGAAACUGAAAAGACCAAGUUGAAGUCCUUUGCUGCCAAGAUCAUCCAGCUUCUGAAGGAGUGGACAGAAACAUUCCCUUAUGAUUUCCAGGAUGAAAAGGCCAUGAAAGAGUUAAAGGAGAUUGCUCACAGAAUCACACAGUGUGAUGAGGAGAACGGGACGGUCAAGAAGAUCAUCAGCCAGAUGACGCAGAACCUCCUGUUGUCCCUGGCUGCCCGGAACCAGUUCCAGGAGAUCCGAGAGAAGUUCCGCCAGCCCGCCGUAGAUAAAGGCACCAUCCUGAAAGCCAAGCCCCAGGCCCCGCAGAAGGACAUCCUCAGUGUGUGCUGUGACCCGCUCGUCCUGGCCCAGCAGCUCACCCACAUUGAACUGGAAAGAGUGAGCAACAUAUACCCCGAGGACCUGAUGCAAAUCGUCAGCCACAUGGACUCUCUGGAUAAUCACAAGUGCCGAGGGGACGUCACCAAGACCUAUACCCUGGAGGCCUACGACAACUGGUUCAACUGCCUCAGCAUGCUGGUGGCCACCGAGAUCUGCCGGGUGGUGAAGAAGAAGCAGCGGACGAGAAUGGUGGAGUUCUUCAUCGAUGUCGCCAGAGAGUGCUUUAACAUCGGGAACUUUAACUCAAUGAUGGCUAUUAUCUCUGGAAUGAACUUGAGCCCUGUGGCCCGGCUAAAGAAAACCUGGUCCAAAGUCAAGACAGCCAAGUUCGAUGUUUUAGAGCAUCAUAUGGAUCCCUCCAGUAACUUCUGUAACUACCGCACAGCCCUCCAAGGGGCUGCCCAAAGGUCACAGACAGCCAACAGCAGCCGAGAGAAGAUUGUCAUCCCCGUUUUCAACCUCUUCAUCAAAGACAUUUACUUCCUGCACAAAAUACACACCAACCGCUUACCCAGUGGGCAGAUCAACUUCAAGAAAUUCUGGGAAAUUUCCAGACAAAUUCAUGACUUCGUUACAUGGAAACAAGUGGAAUGUCCAUUCGAAAAAGACAAGAAGAUCCAGAGUUACCUUCUCACCGCGCCUAUUUAUAGCGAAGAAGCUCUGUUUGUUGCCUCUUUUGAAAGUGAAGGCCCAGAAAAUCACAUGGAAAAAGACAGCUGGAAGACUCUCAGGACAACUCUUCUCAAUAGAGCCUGAAGCAUAGGAGUCAGCCUGCAGAACUCAAAGCGCAUAGAACAACCAUGUUUUCAUCCUUCUUGGCGUGGGUGGAGUUAAGGCCUCACUGGUUGGGGUCUGUUUUGUAUAUACCCUUUUAUGAAAAUAGAAAUGGAGACUAUUUCAUGCAUCGACCUUAAGGCACUUAAAAAAAAAAAACAAAUGAAGAUUUUUGUUUAUUUUAUUUUACUGCAGGGCGGGGCCCUGUUCUGAGAGAAGUGUAUCAUGGGAGAGGGUGUCCAUGGAGAUGUCUUAUGCUAAAGAAAUGUAGUUUAUUUUCCUCUUUUGCUUACUUUCAUCUAAAAAUAAAACAAAAAACCAAAAACCAACCAGAACACUGCACAUAUCCAGUGCCCUAUUAGACAUCUUGUACAAAAGCAGUCUGUUAUGUCUGGGACUAGUGCCUUAUAAGGUACUGAAACUGUCUAGUGUACCUAUUCCUUUUGAGCUGGAAGUAAGCAAUUAAAAUGAGAUGGGUAUCCAGAAACCAUCCACAUCUUUGUAAAUAAAUGGGAAGAAAUGUCACAUGAACUAGAAUAUACCUGCCUGUAACAACAAAGGUGCAGCAACACAUCUUUAUUGUAUUGUUUGAAAGAUGGAAUGACUGCUAGAGGUUUUUCGUUUUGUUUUAAUACAUUCUGCAAAUGGUCCUUUUGAGUUUUGGCUGUCCAUAGUUUACAUUUUUGUUUUCCUUUGUCAGGGAUUUAUUAAAAAACAAAAUACCCACAAGCUUAGAAUUCAUCUAUAAGUUAUUUGCAUCCUCUCCUUAAAGGCUGAAUUUUCCAUGCGAGUAAUUUGGUAUCUUUUUCCUCAGUCACCUUAUAGAAAAAGGGAAUUUUUUAAAUAAGGCAAAGGAGGGAAAUGUGACACAGACGUUGGGUAAGAUCGUAGUUUGCAGACAUGCUCAAGGAUGAGAGAGUGAGAGAGACAAAGAGACUAUAGAAUACUGGAGUUCUCGGGCAUUUAAAACCAUCCUUUAAACUCCAGUACCGGGUUAGGGUAUUUUACACACCACUGCAACUAAUGUUUUCCAUUCCUUCCUUCCAACUUCAAUUUAUAUGCAAUUGGGACAAUACUAAAUGAGGCUAAUAAAGCCAUUUACAGGUACAGUGCGUUCGUUAGAAAGUCAGGAGGCUCUUAAGUUAUAUCGCAAAUAAGAGUAAUUUCACUCAACUGACUUUCUGACUUCUUAGAAGGCCCUUUAGCUCUCUAUGGGCUUAUACAUUAAAAAACAAAACUUACACAGAAUUGGAAAUGAUGCUUUAUUUCUGGGCAUUAGUUCUCCCAGAAGCUGAAGGGGGACAGAGGUGGAAGACUAGAGUAGAUCUGUUGCUCUCUGUUUCCACAACCCCGAAAGAAAUGCCAUCAGGUAUCUGAUGAAUUUGUAUCUACCCAGUGCUUAGAACAGUGUAUGACACACAGUAAGCACUUAUAAAAUGCCAUUUAAAAAGAAAAUGCCAGGCCAGAAGCUGAAUGGAUACUCUGUUGGAAGGGAGUGGUAGAAAACACUAUCUUAGCACAGCCAGCCCAGGAACUGGGGGUGGUGACUCUUUCUUGAAAUGUGCUGCUAUUUUUUCCUGUGCUACAGAACAGAGUUCUCAGCCCUGAGGGUGGGGGUGGGGGUGGGAGUAAGACUAUUUAUACUGUAUUAUUACAGUGUUUUGCACUUUUCAAAGAUGUUCCAGACCGUACAUAUUGUCAAACACUAUAAAAAAAGGGAUUGUAUAUCAGCUUUGUUUAUGUAUUCGAGAUAAAGGGAUGCUGAAAAUUUAAGAAAAAAGUAUAUAUAUAUAUAUAUAUAUAUAUAUAUAUUUGAAAUGCAAUUUUAGAACACUUUCUGUAUAUGUACUAAAAAGCUUUCACUUGAAUGUGCACUUCACUGGUCAGUCAGUUCUAGUGUUCAUUUUUCCCCCCACAUUCCUUAAAUACUGUGGUUUGCUCUUCUGAAUAUGAAGCUGUACCAUAAAGCAGGAUAUUCUGUGUUUGGAUGUGCUUGCAUCAAUAAAAUCCAAGUUGCUUCAGCAUUGACAAACUUCA